ACCUUAUCGUUUUCAACGCUUCCUUCUAUAUCUACGCGCCAACCCCAAUCCCCAGCAUUCCUACUCCCUAUUAUUCUACCUCGAAAACCCAACCUCCAUCCACUAAUUUUAAGGUUUUUUUUUUUUUUUUGAAAAACAUUAUUAAACUUGAUUAAAUCCUGAUUUGGUUUCGCACUUCAGUCUCUAUCGGGGAAAUUGAAAGAAAAAAAGGGAAAAUAGUCUCUGGGUCCUCUCUAUAUUUUGUCUCCAUUCGCCGUUCUUUUGAUUUGAGGUUCCUGGGUGGGUUUCGUUUAACCAUUUCGGGUUCUCCGCAAUAAUCAAUCUCCUCGAGUUUAUCUUUCUUGUCUGUCAAGUGUCAAUGGAGAAUCUUUGAACUUCUCUUCAAACGGCUUGAUCAAAUUCGUCGAUCUAGAGUGAGUUAAGAGAGCAGUGGGUUAGCUAAGCUCAGGGUACUCUAGGGUUUAGCCUGCCUUUGAUCAUGGCAAUGGUGGAGAAUGCUUCUCAGGAUACGGUGGUUAACGGCGGCGGAGGAGCUGACGGUGAUCAGCCGAAGAGUAACGGCGGUAACAAUCUGAUGUCGGACUCCAAUGGCUUGUACAUGAAGGUCCAUCCUUUCCAGGCGCAUGAUAGCAACAACCAGCUGCACAAGGAGCGGUUGGAUGAUCAGCCGCUGGUGAACGACGGCAGCAGCGGCGGAGAGGUCGAAGUGAACGGCAGUGAUAGUGGAGAGGAGGAGGGGUUAAAGAGGGACAUGAGGGAGCUGGAGGAGAUGUUCUCUAAGCUGAAUCCCAUGGCUGAGGAAUUUCUCCCUCCUUCUCUGGCUAACAAUGACGGCCUCUUUUUCAUGAACUCCGGCAAGGGUGUUUCCAAUGGACGGCGGAAUAACUAUACUCAAGGAAAGAGAAGAGUGAAUAGCAGGACAACUUUGGCACAGAGGGAAGAUGUUAUCAGGAGGACUGUUUAUGUAUCUGACAUUGAUCAUCAGAUUACGGAGGAGCAGCUUGCAGGCCUGUUUCUUGGUUGUGGCCAGGUUGUGGACUGCCGCAUAUGUGGAGACCCCAAGUCCAUCCUUCACUUUGCUUUUAUAGAGUUUACUGACGAGGAAGGUGCACAUGCUGCUCUCAGUCUUUCGGGGACCAUGCUGGGAUAUUAUCCCGUGAAGGUGUUGCCUUCUAAAACUGCAAUUGCUCCCGUGAACCCCACUUUUUUGCCCAGGAAUGAGGAUGAAAGGGAAAUGUGUGCAAGAACAGUUUACUGUACAAAUAUUGACAAGAAGGUUUCUCAAGCAGAUGUUAAGCUUUUCUUUGAAUCCAUUUGUGGGGAGGUUUAUCGUUUGAGGCUGCUUGGAGACUAUCACCAUUCCACCCGUAUUGCCUUUGUUGAAUUUACAAUGGCUGAAAGUGCGAUCGCUGCUCUCAACUGCAGCGGGGUCAUUCUGGGCUCACUGCCUAUCAGGGUAAGCCCAUCAAAGACGCCUGUGCGCCCACGAGCUCCUCGCCUUCAAAUGACUUGAUCGAAUCUGCAUUUCUACCGUCACAACUGCAUCUAUUUGAAAUACCAUCUUUCUGGAAUGUGUAAAGAAAUUGUCUUUUAUUUCAUAUACAUAUGCUUCCUUCUGUCUUUGGGUUAAUUAUGGUGUAAGGAUAAAACUUUAUCCUUAAUUAGUAGUAGUUGCGUUGCAUCGCAUGUUUUGCUUAUUGUAACACGCUGUAGAGCUGGUUUGAACUUUGAGGCUAUGGAAGCAUGAUAUGAUGAUUUUGCCUUGCAUUAUAUUAUUAUUCUGGUUUUUUU